AUGACGGUCGAAAUGACUCCAGAUGUGAAUAUUGCACCGACAUUUGACGUGAAAGCGGAUAAACCCAAAUCGCUGGAGAAGAGAGUGCAAGUUAACAAGAUGACUGUCAGCCUGUCAUUAACAUUAGUCAUGAUAUUCACGGUUUAUUGGAGGGAAAUCAAGGAGUUCGUGAAGACGUAAGCGGAGGGUUAUGGGUUUAUCAAGGAAAGACGGGGUCUUUUUGCACAGAACUGGCCGAAAUGAUGACUGCAUUUUUGAUAAUCUUUUGGGACUAUCGCAAAAUUUUGGAAAUAAAAAAAUUCUAGUUUUCCGUUUCCCACCCGAAACUUUGAUAACUACAAAGGCACGCAGUAAAACAAUUGCACAACAAUUUUUUUUUCUAAACAAAAUUCCCCAAGUUGUGAACGAAAACCAAUUUUUUCGACGGUUUCCUCAGUCUCGCGAAACGUUGCGUUGAAUACCCUGAGAUGUAUUUUUGAUUUACCAUAUAUUCGAAUAUGUAUUGAUAUCGUAUCUCUUUUCAGAUUCGAUCCAUUUCUGGGCUCUCGAUUGGUGUUUUACGAAGGAGCAGGUGGGCAAAAAUGGACAGUUCCUCAUUCUACUUACACUUAUUCGUAAGCCAUUUUAAUCAUAACUUGAUUAGUAAUGUUUUUGAUAGUAAUUACGUCUGUUUUCAGAUUCAAAGCGUCUUUCGAGAACUUCAAAUCGAAUGAAUGGGCUGUAAAUUUUAUGAAAAGGUACUGGCUGAUCUCGAUCCCGUUGGCGUAUUUUUAUUAUUAUGGUAUUCAUCGACUUCAGGAUUUUAUGAAAAACAGGGAACCCAUGAAGUUGACCAAGACCCUGGUCGCUUGGAAUAUUUUUUUGGGAUUAUUCAGUAUUGUUGGAUUCGUCAGGACAUUUGAAGUGGGUUUAUAUUACUUCAGGGAACUCUUAUUUAAAAUUUCUGAGGUUUUCUUUUUGUACCACCCUAUUAUUUAUUCUCAACAUCGAUAACUAUCGUUAUUCGUUUUAAGGAAUGGUUCUACGUAAUAAGAAACGAUGGGAUAUAUGGUACCAUCUGCACCACCUUCAAUCCCGAGGGCCCCACUCUGUUCUGGAGUAUUAUGUUCGCCAUUUCCAAGAUCUUUGAGCUCGGGGAUACUGUAUUUUUGGUGCUUCGGAAGAAGCCGGUCAUCUUUCUCCAUUAUUUCCAUCACAUGCUCGUCAUGGUCAUCGUUUUCAGUUCAAGUAAGUGUUUUGAUUUCUUCUAAAUUCAUUUCGUUACAGUAGCCGAAAUGAGUGCGCCCUCGCAGAUCUUCAUGUUGAUGAAUUACGUUGCCCAUUCCAUUAUGUACCCGUAUUACGCCAUAAUGGCCGCGGGAAUCAGGGUACCCAGGCCAAUUGCCAAAUGUAUUACGACUGUCCAGAUCACUCAGAUGUUCCUGGGAGUCUACGUGACGUCUUUUGUGGUCUACAAACGUGAUUUCCAAGGAAUUUAGUGAGUUUUUGGCGUAUUUUAGGGGUCACAGUAUAUGUAAUUUAAUCACCAUGACAGAGAAAUCUGUUAUUAUUAAAAAUUUUAAACCGUGAAUUUGUUGGCUUCCACGAUUUUUUGUCAUAGAAUGCCCUCACGAAGUGCUUGUUUUUUAAGUUCAGAAAUUUUUACAAACCAUUGUAUUCCUCAAUUAUAAAUAAAAAGUUUUACGUCGCUCUUUUUAGCUGCCAACAAACACGAUUCAGCACUCUACUCGCCUACGGGACGUACGUGGCCUUUGGCUAUCUAUUCGUCAAAUUCUUCAUCAAGGCCUAUUCCAAGAAACCCGCCAAGAAAGAAGCUUAA